AAUUUCGGAUUUAAUUAAUAUAAAUGAUCUUCACCGGCCAAAAAAGAGUCUAAAAGAUCUUCUUUGUCUACCUCUGAUGAAAACUGCAGAUGAUAGAAGGGCUCCCGAGGGAAACAGGCUUGUUGGUGGACUUAUGGCCCUGAUUAUGGGAAUUGUCACUAUGGUUCGCCUGUCAAAGAAUGUGCCCAGGAAACUCACUGAAGCUGCCUUGUAUGGCACUUGUUAUUCUGAAACAAUCAAUGGUAGUGCUGAUAAGUCUGCCUCCAGCUCUGAAUACAUUUCCAUGGUGAAGCGCGUGGCUGAAUUGGAAGAGAAGAUGAGUGUUGUUUUGAACAGGCAACAAGCAGCCAUGCCACCUGAUAGAGAGGAGAUGCUGGCUGCUGCCUUAAACCGGGUCAACAACCUGGAACAAGAGCUGUCAGCAACAGGGAAGCUGCUUGAGGACGUGCUUGUGAAACAACAGGAGCUUGUUGCCUGCAUUGAGAAGAAGAAAAAGAAGAAGAAACUUGUAAGUUACAGAAUCCUACCACUGCUUCAUUAGUUCAAAUUCAUUCAGGUUUUAGAUAGGGUGAAGACCUUUGAUUUAGCAGUUUCUACGAUUUUGAAUGCAGAAGCCACUCUGCUGGGUAAGAUGAUAGAAGCUAGUUUCUGUAAGAUCUCGAUUGAAUAGUGUGGUGGUGGUGAUGGUGGUGGUGAUUCUCAGCCCCAAAGAUGAACCCUUUUGAAUUCAAACUAUGUUUUUGCUUUGUAAAACAUUUUA